AACUCUCUGUAAUUGACCAUUUUCUUCACUUAACAGCUUCAACGUAAUGCCACGCCAUUAAAAUACAACAGCACGCAUCACUUUCUCCGUCGGCCACUCUUUCGUUCUCAUCCAAUCUCGACGAGGGGAAACAGAAAGCAUAAAUCCUAAUUCUGCGAUCACCUAAAUCCACACAUUUCUCCCAUUUCCGGGAAUGGCCCACGAAGAGCUUCCCGUCCCGACUUUCUCCUCACUUGAGCCUGUCUACGGCGAGGGUUCGCCGCUGGAGGAGGCGCAGUUGCGGUUCCAGCGGAUCAAAGCUAAGUUCAUCGAGGUGUUCGGCAGCGAGCCGCAUGUUUACGCCCGAUCGCCUGGGCGGGUGAAUUUGAUCGGAGAGCAUAUCGACUAUGAGGGAUAUUCGGUUUUACCGAUGGCGAUUUGGCAGGAUACAAUUGUAGCUAUCAGGAAGGCGAGUGACGAGGAACCGAGGGUGCUCAGGAUUGCGAAUGUGAAUGAUAAGUAUACUAUGUGUGCUUAUUUCGCCGAUCCGGAUCAGGAAGUUGAUUUGAAGAAACACAAAUGGGGACAUUAUUUCCUUUGUGGAUAUAAAGGCUUUUAUGAGUAUGCAAAAUCAAAGGGGCUAGAUAUUGGUGAACCUGUUGGACUUGAUGUUAUCGUAGAUGGAACUGUUCCUACAGGCUCUGGAUUAUCAAGCUCCGCAGCCUUUGUUUGCUCAUCAACAAUUUCUAUCAUGGCUGUUUUUAAUGUAAAAAUCCCCAAAAAAGAAGUUGCUCAGCUUACAUGUGUCUGUGAACGCCACAUUGGAACACAAUCUGGAGGAAUGGACCAGGCCAUUUCUAUCAUGGCUAAGUCUGGUUUUGCGGAGCUAAUUGAUUUUAAUCCCAUCCGUGCGAAUGACGUACAAUUACCAGCAGGUGGUACUUUUAUCAUAGCACAUUCGCUUGCGGAAUCCCAGAAAGCAGUAACUGCUGCGACAAACUAUAAUAACCGCGUCGUUGAAUGCCGCUUGGCUGCUAUUGUUCUUGCCAUAAAGCUUGGAAAGAAUACAAAAGAGGCAGUCUCUGAGUUUAAAACUUUAUCUGAUGUUGAAAGGCUGUGCAUAGAGUUUGCAGAGAACCGUGGAUCCUCGAAUCCUGGUCUUGCUGUGAAGGAACUUUUGAAAAAAGAGCCUUAUACUGCAGAAGAUAUUGAAAGAAUCACAUUGGAACCACUGAAAUCUAUCUUUGAAAAGUCACCAUCUUCAUUGGAUGUUCUGAACGCUGCUAAAAAUUUUAAGCUAUUCCAGCGAGCUUCCCAUGUAUUUUCUGAAGCUAAGCGUGUAUAUGCUUUCAGAGACACAGUGUCCUCAAAUCUGAGUGAUGAGGACAUGCUUCAAAAGCUUGGAGACCUAAUGAAUGAGAGUCAUCACAGCUGCAGUGUUUUGUAUGAAUGCAGCUGCCCUGAGUUGGAGGAGCUGGUGAAAGUUUGCCGAGAUAAUGGAGCACUUGGGGCAAGGCUUACCGGUGCUGGGUGGGGUGGCUGCGCAGUUGCAUUGGUUAAAGAGAACAUUGUUCCUCAGUUUAUUCUCAAUUUGAAGGAAUCAUUCUACAAGUCCAGGAUCGAGAAGGGCAUCAUCAACAACAAUGAACUGGGCCUUUACGUGUUCGCAUCGAAGCCCUCCAGCGGCGCGGCGAUAUUCACAUUUUAAUCUCGUCCUUUGUAAUUUCCAGCAUUAUGUAUCAUCCAACCAUGGUCGUCUAUCAAAAUAAAGUGAUUAUUUAUUUAAUAAAAGCGUAAUAUAAGUAUCUAA